CACUCAACGCACACUCUUUCUCUCUCUAAAAUAAAUAAGUAAAUAAACCAACCUACCUACCCACCCACCAACCUUUUUCAAAUAUGGAAAGAAAUUAUUCUUUCUACAGUAUUAACCCCUAAAAGCUAUUCUCUUUUAUAGAUGACUGUAUUAUUGUCAGUUUUGUAUACUUUUACUUGAUGAAGAACGCCCAGAGGAAGAAAUUUCUGGCAGUUUUCCCAGAUACAUACGGCUACCUUUUCUGCUGUGCUUACAGCAGCUGCAAACAUGGCCCAUCCACAUGCAGAUUCUUAGGGUCACCGGUCUUCAUAAUUGCCUCCUCCAGACACACUUGAGGUUGGCCAGGUUCGUGGGCAUCCUGUAGCAGGAUCGGUCUCUCCCUGUACCGUCGCAUCUUUACAACUGCACCCGUGGCCAUUCGGGUCGUUGCAGUUCCCAGACAGUUUCAAGUUGUCUUCCUUUAUGGGGUUCGAGCCGGUGGGUCUCCGGAGAAGAUGAGAGGGGACAGAUGUGCCGCGUUCAUGGCCUCACCUCCCCACUCAGCUGGUGGGGGGUGCUCACUGUUUCUGUUUUAAUUUUAGUUUGGUAUUGCAAAAGGUACUGUUCUUUCUGGAACUGUUACCUUUAUAUUGUACUUCAUAAAAUUUUCAAGAACAUUUGUAUUAAAAUUCUUUGACUUCUUUAAGAUGUGAUUUUACCAAUUUUAAAAUUAUUCUAAAACAAGGAUAUUCUUUGUAGUUUUUAAAUUUUCUGAAAGAAAAAAUUGGCUUAUGUCAAUAAAAGCAAAUGUAUUUAAAGUUGAAAUUGGGGAAUUCCAGAAUAUUGCUUUUAUCAGUUCAGAUCUACUUAGAAAUCCAACAGAUUCUUUGUAAUGGAGAGUUAGCAUUAAGUCAACUGUUGGUGUCAAUCAUUUCCCUCAGAGCUGGAGGAAGCCUAGAGGUUGGAGGCACCUGUGCUUUGCAAGUGGCCAAGCCCUCCAGUCUUGGCCUCAGUCCCUUAAUCUCGGAAGGAAGUCUUUCAGUUCAAAACUGCUCAGUUAGGGUUCGUUUUGCAUUCUGCUGUUCUCCUUCGUGUAUUCCCCACGUGUUUGUCCUAUGGAAUAAAUUUUUUUUUUACCCCACAGAAUAAAUACCGUCUCUUCCAAAUGGCAGAAUGCUUAAAACAUCUCUCGCAUCCCUUCUGUCACUGUUAAAUGUACAACUGUUCUUUAUGAGAUGGCUAAAAUUUUACUUUAUUUGUAGUUUUCUAAGAUGCGGUCAGCAGAGUGGAAAGACAGGACUCAUAAAUUGGUUCAUCAGUGGCCAGCGACAUGGCAGACCGGCACCCGCGGUUUUCACUUCACUGUUGACGGGAAUAAAAGGUCUUCUGCUAAAGUUUCCGAUUCAAUUUCUACGCAGUAUCCAGUGGUGGACCAUGAAUUUGAUGCAGUGGUGGUUGGUGCUGGAGGGGCAGGCUUGCGAGCUGCGUUUGGCCUUUCCGAGGCUGGGUUUAACACGGCCUGCGUCACAAAGCUCUUUCCUACCAGAUCACACACCGUUGCAGCCCAGGGAGGGAUCAAUGCUGCCCUGGGGAACAUGGAGGAGGACAACUGGAGGUGGCACUUCUACGACACUGUGAAGGGCUCCGACUGGCUGGGGGACCAGGACGCCAUCCACUACAUGACAGAGCAGGCCCCUGCUUCUGUGGUAGAGCUGGAGAAUUACGGCAUGCCGUUUAGCAGAACUGAAGAUGGGAAGAUUUAUCAGCGUGCUUUUGGCGGACAGAGCCUCAAGUUUGGGAAAGGCGGGCAGGCCCACCGGUGCUGCUGCGUGGCUGACCGCACGGGCCACUCCCUGCUGCACACGUUGUAUGGGAGGUCUCUGCGAUAUGAUACCAGCUAUUUUGUGGAGUACUUUGCCUUGGAUCUCCUGAUGGAAAAUGGGGAAUGUCGUGGUGUUAUUGCACUGUGCAUAGAAGAUGGGUCCAUCCAUCGCAUAAGAGCCAAGAACACUGUUGUGGCUACCGGAGGCUACGGCCGCACCUACUUCAGCUGCACGUCUGCCCACACCAGCACCGGUGACGGCACAGCCAUGGUCACCAGGGCAGGCCUUCCCUGCCAGGACUUGGAGUUCGUGCAGUUCCACCCCACAGGUAUAUAUGGCGCUGGUUGUCUCAUUACGGAAGGGUGUCGUGGAGAGGGAGGCAUUCUCAUUAACAGUCAAGGCGAAAGGUUCAUGGAGCGCUAUGCCCCGGUGGCAAAGGAUUUGGCAUCCAGAGACGUUGUAUCUCGGUCCAUGACUCUGGAAAUCCGGGAAGGAAGAGGCUGCGGCCCGGAGAAGGACCACGUCUACCUGCAGCUGCACCACCUGCCCCCGGAGCAGCUGGCCAUACGCCUGCCGGGCAUCUCGGAGACGGCCAUGAUCUUCGCGGGCGUGGAUGUCACUAAGGAGCCGAUCCCCGUCCUUCCCACUGUGCAUUACAACAUGGGUGGCAUUCCCACCAACUACAAGGGGCAGGUCCUCAGGCAUGUGAACGGCCAGGAUCAGAUCGUGCCCGGCCUGUAUGCCUGUGGGGAGGCCGCCUGCGCCUCUGUGCACGGUGCCAACCGCCUCGGGGCGAACUCGCUCUUGGACCUGGUCGUCUUCGGCAGGGCGUGUGCCCUGAGUAUCGCAGAGUCCUGCAGACCUGGAGAUAAAGUUCCCCCGAUCAAACCAAAUGCCGGGGAAGAGUCUGUCAUGAAUCUUGACAAGCUGAGGUUUGCUGACGGAAGCAUAAGAACAUCAGAACUGCGGCUGAGCAUGCAGAAGUCGAUGCAAAAUCAUGCUGCAGUGUUCCGUGUGGGAAGUGUGUUACAAGAAGGCUGUGAGAAGAUCAGCCAGCUCUAUGGAGACCUGAAACAUCUGAAGACGUUUGACCGAGGAAUGGUCUGGAACACCGACCUGGUGGAGACCCUGGAGCUACAGAACCUGAUGCUCUGUGCGCUUCAGACCAUUUAUGGAGCAGAGGCCCGGAAGGAGUCGCGUGGCGCUCACGCCCGGGAAGAUUACAAGGAGCGGAUUGACGAGUAUGAUUACUCCAAGCCCAUCCAGGGGCAGCAGAAGAAGCCGUUUGAGGCGCACUGGAGGAAGCACACCCUUUCCUAUGUUGAUGUCAAGACUGGGAAGGUUUCUUUGGAAUACAGACCAGUGAUCGACAGAACUUUAAACGAGGCUGACUGUGCCACAGUCCCUCCGGCCAUUCGCUCCUACUGACGAGACCAGAGGUGACCAGCUUUUGUAAUUAUGUAUAAUAGCUCGUGUGUGUCUUCAUUUCCUGAUUGCCUUUUUAAAAUCCCGUACUCAAGUGAGUAAGGAAGGCCAUUGGACUAGGGGUCAUCUACCCGGUGGCCGGAAGCUUGCUGGUAAUCAACAGCCAGAAGUGUGAAUGAAGCCUACCUUUAUCCUUUGCUUCCUUCUUGUGAAAUCGUAAAACUGGGCCUGAUUCUUCAAUAAAGCAUAAAUUGCACA